GAGCUCUUGAGGGACAACGGGGUCGCCGACGAGCUGGCGGCGGCCGAGGCGAUCACCGGUUUCUUCAAGUCUGCCGAGUUGGCGGAUCUGAUCAAGCUCAAUGGCUUCGACAAGAAGCACGUCGUGGCGGACGAGCCCUGCCAGGGCGGCGACCUCGAGGGCGGCCCUGCCAGAUCUGCCACGGCGCCAGAGCAGGCCGCCGUGGACAACUUCUGGGAGGAGGUCAAGGCGCGCGGCUUCAAGUUCGCUGCCUCGACUCGCGGCGGCAACAAGCUGGCCCCCCAGUUCGACCGCCAGAAGAGGAGCGACCCCAAGCUGGCCAAGGGCUACGCGAGCUGCGGCAAGGACCCCGAGGCCCAGGCCGCGCUCAGGGCCGACUGGGCGAAGGGGAGGUACGACAAGUACCAGAAGGAUAAGAUGAAGGUGGUCACCCUGACCAAGAAGACCUUCACCAAGGGCGUCUACGCCCCCACCGGGCGCAUCGCCCACAAGGAGGGCGGGGGCAAGCUCGGAUGGCUGCAG